UUCUGAAAACGAUACAAGCCCCGAAGCGGGACUUCAGGGAAAACUGACGUACGUGCUUGACACACGCCUCAGAGCCUCGUUUUCAUUCGUAAUAUCACUAGCAUACUAGUCGCUCGAUGUAUCCUUGCUGAAGAAGGUCAGCUCCAAGCGGGCUUGCUCUGGUGUUCCAAGAAGACGUGACAGGGAAUUACAAUUUCCCUUUUAAUUUGGAUUGAUUUAGGAUUAUACAGCGACAGGCCGGCAUCAUGCUCAGACGGAUAUUGCAGCGGACUCCUGGAAAAGGAGGCCCUGAUCAGCCAGCCACAGAUGUUAACGACCAGACCUCUGAGGGUUUCAUCUGUCCCCAGUGCAUGAAGUCACAUAACUCUGCUGAGGAGCUCUUCAAACAUUAUGAAGUAUUCCACGAAUCUGCCAACCAGCCCAUGUCCCCAGGGCCUGGCAGGGAAGAUCUUGCUCUGCUCCAACAAGAAGUGCAGGACCUACACGCCUCUCUCAAGGAGGAGAGAUGGUUUUCUGGGGAAUUGAAGAAAGAACUUGACAAAGUCCAAGGACAGCUGAAGCAAGGCCCACAGAAUGAUGGCCAGGCCAAUGUGGAGGAGUCAGCACUGGAGAUGAAGCUGAAUGAGGCAGAGACGGAGAAAUUUAACAUCAAGCAGAUGAAGGACCUAUUUGAGCAGAAAGCGGCCCAGCUGGCAACCGAGAUAGUGGACAUUAAAUCACGUUAUGAUGAAGAGAAGAGUCUGCGGGAGAUGGCAGAGCAGCGGAUCUCCACCCUAUUCCAGGAACUGCAGAAGGAGAAACAGGAAAAGGAGUGCUUCCAGGCAGAGCUGCUGCAAAGGCCUGGAAUAGAAGAUGUGGAGCUGCUGAAACGAGAACUGGUCCAUGUGCAGAGCCUGAUGGACAAUAUGACUCGCGCAAGAGAGGAGGAGUCUGAGCAUCAGCAGCUGCAAGUUGAACACACUUCUGCUGAGGUGAAUGCCUGCAAUUUGCCUGCAAAACAACUUUGUCAGCUGCAGGCCAAGCUGCUUGAGGCAGAGCAUCAGCUGGAGGAGGUGCAGGGCCGUCUGAAGGAACAGAGACAACUCUCUGGUGAGAAGCUGAAGGGCCGUGAGCAGCAGGUGGCAGAACUGCAACUUGAACUUUCACGCAUUGAGGAGCAGCUGAAGGAGAAUGAAAGCAAAUCCUUGGAAUUGCAGCACCAGCUGGACAAGGCCCGGCAGAGCCAACAGGAGGUCCAGGCUCUGCACCAGGGCACCAACGACAAGCUGAGGGAAGCCCAGAAUGAUCUGGAGCAGGUUUUGCGACAGAUUGGCGAUAAGGACCAGAAGAUCCAGAACUUGGAGGCUCUGCUGCAGAAAAGCAGAGAUGCCAUGAGCCAGCUAGAGGCUGAAAGGGAGGACCUAUGUGCUAAGAUACAGGCAGGAGAAGGGGAAACUGCUCUAUUCAACCAGCUACAGGAAAAGAACCAUGUCCUACAGGAGCAGGUUGCACAGUUGACCGAUAAUCUGAGGAAUCAAUCAGAAAGUCACAAGCAGGCACAACAGAACCUCCAUGAGCAGGUUCAGGAGCAGAAAACUCACCUGCGCUCAGCACAGGACCACUGCCAGGCCCUGGAGAUCUCUGUCGCUGACCUCAGCACCCAGCUGAAUGAGAGCAAAGAGAAGAUUGCCAAAAUGGACACUCAGCUCAAAGCCAAGACUGAGUUGCUUUUGUGCACUGAGGCAGCCAAGACCACCCAAAGAGUGGACCUGCAGAACCACUUGGAGACAGCCCAGCUUGCAAUGCAGGACAAACAGCAGGAGUUGGUGAAGACACAAGCCCAGUUGGGGGAACUUAGCCGGAAGUUCCAGGAGAAGCAGGGCUUCUGUGUCCAGUUGGAGGUCACACUGAAGGAGUACAAGGACAAACUACUGACCUGGGAACAGAGAGCUGAAAAACUGGAGAGCCUGGUCAAGAAACUAGAGGCAGAAGUACAGGAGGUGCAGGCAUCCCGGGACCAGGCCCAGCAGAAGCUGCUGGACUUCCAAAAACGCAGUGCAGAGGCAGACUCCAAGGUGCACGAGCUGACAUGCCAGUUGUGCACAGAAAAAGAGGGGUCUGUCAGGCUACAGAAGGACCUGAAGAAGCAGAGUGCCAGCCUUGUGGACAUUCAAAAGCAGCUGCUGCAGCAAGAGAAGGAUAAGGCUGACCUGCAGCAGAGGUUUGACAGUCUGGCACAGGAGGGUUCAGAGCGGCGAGCGGAGCUGGAGAAAGUCCAGCAGGAGAAAGAUGGAUUGACUCAGGAGCUGAAGGUCAUGCAGGAAGACCUGAAAAAAACUUGCAUUCAACUGGACCAGAACAGGAAAGCCAAUCUGGAGGAGAAGAAGACCCUCAAACAGGCCAAAGAACAGCUACAUAUGAUGGCGGAGGCUUCAGCCAAGGAAUUGGUAGAGGUCAAAGGCCAACUGCAGAAGAUGGAGAAGACAGAGAAGGGUCUGGAAUCACAGAUGACUGCCCAAACUAAACUUCUGGCACAGACACAGGAAUUGCUAAAGGAGAAGGAGAAGGAAAUGCAGCAGCUGCAGGAGGAGACAAAGAUGGCCCAGGGAUCCUUUGAUCAGCAAGUCAAGAAACUGGAGGGUCAGCUGACCAGUCUGCAGACCCUGAAUGCCAAGAAGGUUGAGGCGGAGACUAAGCUGAGGGAGCAGUUGGCUGCUGUGUCCAAGAACCUAAUGUCGGAGAAGACCAAGUGUGCUGAGGUGCAGAACAGCCUGGACAAUACCCAGCAAAAACUGGCUACACUACAGUCUGACAGCUAUGGCAAGGACUCAGAGAUCUCUGCUCUGCGACAAGACCUCAAGGCGUCCGAGGAUAAGUUAACGCUGGCCCAGGAGGAACUGAAGGCAAACCGGACUCAAAUGAGCAGCCAAACAACACUGAUUCAAGAUCUCAAGGCAAGCCACAUCGCACUGCAGCAGGAUUCUACCAAGAAGGAGGAGCGAAGCCGACAGCAGGAAGAGGCCCUAAGAGACCUGCAACAACAGCAGGAGAGAAGCCAGGAGCAGUUGCAGAAGGAGCAUUUGCGCACAGAGGAGUUGAAGGAAGAGAAGAUUAGACUGGAGCAGGUUGCGAACCGCCUGAAUGACGAGUUGAGGGCCAACACUGAGCGCAGCAACAAGGAGCUGUUGGAGCUGCGAGAUGCAAAGCAGCUGCUGAUCCAGCAGAAGCUAGAGAUACAGGGGAGCGUGGCGAGUUCACAGGCAGCACUUGAACAGGAGCAGAGGGAGCAUCAAGCUACACGGGAGAGUAGGAAUCGCCAAGAUGAGGAGCUGAAGAAAGAGAGAGCCCAUAUUGAGGCCCAGCUGGAAAUGGAGCUGAAGGAGAAGGCGGAGCUUGUGAAGCAUCAUGAAGAAAUGGAGUCCAAGCUGUCAAUGCAGGUGACGGCACUGAAUGAGAACAUGGCCACACUAAAGCGCGAGUGGCAGGGCAGCCAGUGGCGCGUGGGUGAGCUGGAAAAACAGACUGAUGAACUACGAGGAGAAAUUGCCGUGCUGGAAGCCACUGUGCAGAAUAAUCAGGACGAGCGGCGUGCCCUGUUGGAGAGGUGCGUGAAGGGUGAAGGUGAGAUGGAGAAGCUUCAGGCCAAAGUAGUGGAGAUGCGGCACAAACUUGACGACACAACGGCUGCCAUGCAAGAGCUGGGCAGGGAGAACCAGUCCCUCCAGAUAAAACAGUCCCAGAAUCUGACACGGAAAUGGGCAGAGGAUCACGAAGUGAACAACUGCAUGUCCUGUGGAAAAGGGUUCUCUGUGACUGUCAGGAAGCAUCACUGUCGACACUGCGGGAAUAUCUUCUGUGGUGAAUGCUCUUCCAAGAACACCUUAACACCAUCAUCCAAGAAGCCAGUGAGAGUGUGUGACACAUGUUUCGAGGAGCUGCAGGGCUGACCGAUUCCUGCACUCAACGCCCAAGCACUCCAAUCCUCUUUUCUUAUACCACACACAUGUACUGCUACCAACUUUGGACUCUUGUAAGUUCAGUUGUAAACUUAAAGUAUUGCUAUCUUUUGUGGAAUUUAGCCUGGGAUCACAGUGACUGAGAGGAGGUAUUGGUGGAUAUAAAGACGGCCAUUGUCUAUUGGCUAGUAUAAAGGAAUGGGUCAGUUUCAGCACAGAAGCAGGGUGCCAUAUCUGUAUAUAGUGCCUUUACUGCUAAUGUAGCCAGAUCAAUUCAACAUUGUUAAAUCUGUCUGAUCACUGCAGUCCUCUAAAACUUACAUUGAUUUGGCCAAUUAUGGUUAUUGUACAUUAGAUCAGUACAAGACUGAUAAUAGAAGAUAUUGUUAUUGUCCUGAAAGCAGGUUAUCAAAUUCCAGUGAUUAUAUAAACAAAAAUGCUCUAUAGCUGAUUGGAGCUUCUGUUGAUGCAGACGUAUGGAACUGGUGUCAGUGAGGACAAUUUUCUGCACCAAAGAUGGUUGGGCAAAUGUUUGCCAGCAUUUUGUCAGUUUUAUUUACGGUGCAAUGCAUACGGAGCUAGUUCGGGCAGACAACGCAAAGUGUCUCCUGCUCACAUGAUGGGAGGGGUUAUGUAAACCACCGACCUGUUCACGCCAUUGUUCAAUCUGCUGCUGCUGCUCUGCUACACUGCUGCUGCCUGCUAGCUGUGCUGUUGCUGCAUUGCUUGAAUUGCCCUGCUCUGGAAAUCAUGCAAAAUCUGCCCUGCUACCUGGCUCAUUCUGCAUUCUGCAUGCUGCUGCCAAUGCGCUGCCUGGCUCAUUCUGCUUUCGUGGCUCAUAUUGCAUGCCGUUGCCACAUUUUUAUUGCUUGUUUGGUCCUCAUUCCCGUCACAUCCUUGACGUCCCCAGCUGAGUGUUGGGAGUGGCUGUUCAAACAACCACUUCUCAAACAAUUGCCAUCACUUAAGAUUUGCUCCCCAAAUCGUUUAGGUGUAGGCCUACCUGAUAGACGUGUUCUUUUAGAUCAACUCAAAGGACCUAUCAGAAAGGGAAUCCUACAAUUGCCACAUUACUACGGGAAGCCAACCAUUCCCUUUUCAGCUAUUGCUGUGGUAGACUGCUUGUUGAGGUUUCACUCUCCUGUAACACAAAUGCGGCACAAAUUCACAGAAUAUCAGUGAGUAAAAUUCACAGAAAUAUAUGCGGUAACGCGUUGCCCUAACCAUACACACCACACCGGGUCUAGUUUUGGCAUUAGUUUUAGCAUUCAAGCAUUCCAAUUUUGCACCUAAAGUUGAGUUUGCUUUGGGCAUCAGGAAUGACAACAUUAAUUGUCUUGUAGAUGGACAUUACAUGCUGCGUGGUAUACGUUUUUCACUGACAGAACCAAAUGUGCUUACCCACACAGUGUUUUGUGGUAUGGGAAUCGAGGUUUCAACGAUUUUAAUGGGGGCAACGCUUAAACUCAUCCCCAAUGUUCUCCAGACAUAUGCAAGCAUGCCUUUAUCACAGACCCACCUCAUGUGAUAUAGCCUAGUGACUGACCACACAAAAUUCCGCUCAUGUGCAAGCUUUCAUUUGCAACUCAUCAGCAAGGAAACCUAACUGCAACAAAUAGGACGUACUAUUAUGGUCCACCAGAGAAGCAAGGGUAGCCUAGCAUUAAUGUUCAUGUUAAUUUAUUUAUAUAAAGCUUUACAUACAUUAAUUCAUAAAUAAUGUUUUUUCAAAUAAUAGAUACAAUUUAAUUAAAUACAUACAUAUAAUGACUUAUGUAAAGCAUUUAUUAAUUUAUAUUUGCAUAUAUUAUGUAGUCUAGCAUUCGGUUAUUUGAAACGUGCCAACCCGAUUUAACCUUCAUUUAUCUUCCUGUUUGGUUUAAUUUGAAGUCUUCCAUGCCAGCAGGGUCCUAUCAUUGGCAUUAAUUAUCUCUGUUUGAAUGCUUUGAUAUGAUACCUGGGGGAAAAUCAACAUAAUCAAUGCAAUUCUGUUUUAAUGAAUUGGGUCUAUUUAUACAUUGUAGCAUUGCUGUCUAUCUGGGAUAAAUUUCAACAAAGUGACCCGUUAGUAGCCUACUGUGAUAUUAUAAUUGUGUAGUUAACACAGACUGUAGGAAUAUGGACAAAAUGUCCGUGGCUUCACCCAUUAACUUUUCAGGAGUUUUCAGACACAGCCAUGUUUUACAAAUUGGAGCCAGAGUAAGGGAGAAUUUGGCCCACAUAAACACCAACAAAGUGAGUUCACUAAAUUAGGCUAGCCGGUUAUCUCUAGCUAUACAGGAAAAUGGUAGUGACAGUGUGAGUGCCAGCUAGUUCACUAGCUGCCUUUUAAAAGUAGUUUGCAAUCUACCUCGCUAGCUAGCUAGAUAGCUCACUGGCUGAUAUGGGAUAUUUGUCAUUACACAGGAGGGAACGUGAUCUUGUUUGCAAGAUGUAAUAUGCAAAUUCCGUGUUGAUCCGUGUUAACUAUACUUAUAUAAUUCAUGCAUCGUUAUGUCUUCUAGCUAUAAAAAAACUUUUGGUUGAGAACUCGAUUCCAACAAUGACGGAAAAAUACCACUUUUUGUCCAAAUACCACAGUAGAUGCAAUCUGUAUGCAAAAUGUUGAGUCAGCUAUUGGACCAAAUUGAUUCUAAGUUUAAUGUAAGCCAAGUUCUCAGCCAAGGGUUUUAUUUUUAAUGCAUAUUUAUAAUGAUCUAUCAAGUAUAUUGAAACUCCCGGUGUAAAUACUUAGGAAACGAAUCACAUAUGAAAUGGUUGCAUAGCCUCAAAAUACAGGAAAUGAAAGUGAUUAGCCCUAUCACUAACAUCAGCCUGCUCUCCAUGAUGGAGGAUCAGCACAGAUCUUGGACUAGCUACAGCCCUGUAGUUUAUAUUCUGUUUGUACAGACCAAGACUUUGUCAUUAAUAGGCAGUUAUGUGCAUAACAUUAACAUGGCAGCAUAUUAAUGUUUUUGAUUCAUUCAUCAGAUACAAGCAAUUGCAUAUAUAUUACAUACAUUAUAAUAUUUUUUCCAAAAUCAUAUAUACAGUACUGUGCAGAAGUCUUAGGCACCCGAGACUUUAUUAUAUACAUCUAUAUAUAUAUAUAUAUAUAUAUAUAUAUAUAUAUAUAUAAAAUAAAUUACGACAUUUUUGCAUUUAAUUUAUUUAAUUUAACAUAUUGCAGUUAGCAAUUGACUACUUUUUACAUAAAAACUUGAUCAAGGCUGUCUGAGAUCAGAAGCAAGGACCUAACCAAAGCCUGCAGAAGAACUAUGGCAAGUUCUCCAACAUGCUUGGAACAACCUCCCUGUAAUAGAACUGCAGGAUAGCGUUGGCUAUCUCAGAGAAGUGAUGCAGUUUUAACGCCGAAGGAUGGUCCCAAAAAAUAUUUAUUUGAUUCAGUUGAACUGUUCUGCCAAAUGACUAAAAUCUAAUGUAAAAUGUAUAGUACAUUACAGUAAAAGUUUCAUUGACUUAUUUUUUAAAGAAUCUUAUACAGAAUCUUAUACAGGUGCCUAAGACUUCUGAACAGUACUGUAUAUGUUACAUACAUGAUAAUACUUAUUCCCACAGUGAGAAUCAAAAUCAGAUUGUUAGCCAUAUAGUUAGCCAUGACUUUGUUUAAUUGGUCAAUUACGUUUGGACAAAUAAUAAUAAUUAUGUAUAGGCUCGUAUAUGAACCAUGUUCUGCAAUGGCCAUCUCAGUCUCCAGACUUAUAUUCCCAUGAAAAACCUGUGGUCUGAACUGAAGAGGGGGGUAUCCCAAGGAUAUAUCAAUGAUUCUAAAAAGUUCUGCAUGGAGGAAUGGUCAAAAAUCCAUCCAAAUGUGUUUUAUAACCUCACAAAUUAUAGGAAAAGGCUGUCAUCUUUGCCCGGGGUGUUUGCACAAAGUAUUAAACCAGGGGUGCCGAUAAUUGUGGAACAAGUUUUUUGCUGAAAUAUAUUUUUUACUUGAAAAAUGGUUAAUUGGUUGACUUUGGUUGAUUUCAUUGAGUCAUUAACCAUACUACUUGUAUGUUGGAACAUAAAGCGUAUGUAAAUAACUAUUACUUUUUAGUUUACAGCCCUUAUUGUGAUUUAUCAGGGGUGCCAAUAAUUCUGGAGCCCACUGUAUUUCCUUCUACACUUGUAUCUAUAACGUUUGUCCUAUAUGUCUCGGCAUGGUUUUAGCAUACACAUAAUUUUCUAUCAGUCUGCAAAUAUAAUGUUUAUGUACGAGGCCCAGGGCUUGCAACAACUCAUUCAACUGUGUGACCAAGGGUCCACUUGCACCUGCUUUGCAUAGGCGCCACUACAUCUGCUGCUCGGCAUGUGCUUCCAGCUUCCUCAAAGUCUCAGCAUCAGUCCACUCCUCCAAGUUCAAUGCAUAAUUCACAUAAUUGUAUUAUAAUUUUGAUGUUUAUCAACUUCUUAAACAUUAUUAGCCAAUUUGGGGGAUUCUUUUAGGGUUAUUAUUUAUGGUGUUUGGCCAAUUGAAAUUCUAACCUUGUCUCUGUAUGCAGGCCUAAUACUCUGUUUAACAAAACAAAGUAUUGCAUGCUCAAAGGCUCAUGAUCCAUGCACCAUGAAGCUUGCUGUAAUAUAUGCUGCCUUGCUGCUUCACAAAUCAUCAGGUAGAUUGCUGGGUUAGUUCUUAUGACAAGCUAAUGCUGCUGCUUUAUAGGCUUUGUGAAACUGGUGGUUUAUAAUUCUAAUGAAGUCUACACUGUUUACACAUUCUGGUGGGUUUAACUGCUGUCUCGCGGUUAAUAUUUGUAAUGGCAACUUCGUAGCUACACAUUCCACAGCAAUCAAUCAGGAACCAGCAGCAACAGGUCAUGUCAAGUAAAGCCAUACGUCCGCCGUGCAGCUUGGCUUCACAUUGGUUCAUUUCAAUCUAGUAUGCAAAGUUGAUUCAGAAAUUCAAUUUCUGAAUUCAAGCUCUGCCAUCUCAAAUGGUUUUGGGGGAUUUACAAUAAACCUCAGUAAAUAGCUUAAUUCAUCAUGAUAAUUAAUUAAAAAAUGAAAUGAUGUGAAGCCUGUGGAGCUAGUUUGGGCAGAGAACUUAUGUGCCGCCUGCUCACAUGAUGUGAGGUCUUAAUGGGAGGGGCUAUUUCAACCACCAACCUUACCUGUUUACACCAUUGCUCAUUGUGCGGCUGCUCUGCUGCCAUUCUGCCUUGCUAUAGCUGCCUGCCUAGCUGUGCUUAUUCUGCAUUGCUCUUUUUGGCAUGCUGUCACUCCUAUGCUGCCAUUGCUCAUGUUACAUGAUGUUGCUGCCUUUGCUAGCUGCAUUUGCUUGAAUUAUCCUGCUUAUUCCUGAAAUUAUGCCUUUCAUAAAGCUUUUUGUACUCCCAUCCAUCACCCCAGCAUGCAUCUGUGGGCUCUGCUUCUCAAGAUCUCUGUGGGGGGUUUGUAGUCACUCCAUUUUGUCUCGGCUGGAUUGGAACAGAGAGUGAUGAGAGGCAGAGCCUUGACGCCAAAGUUUGCAUUCAACCUCAAUAAAUAUUGCUUAAUUCAUCGUGAGUUGUCUGACUGAACCUCUUUUGAAGCUUGGCUGCACUCUCAGCUUGAGCUUAGGCUCAUCAGACAUUGCAUAUGAGAUACAUGAGCUUUGGCACAGGCUUGGGAUCCACUCCCUUGUAAAGUAUUAUUAGACUUUACAGUGUUGCCUUUUUGUCCAAAAGGGAAUGUAAUUUUAUCUUGUUUUUUAUAUAUUCUUUUUUUAGGUAAAGAUUUGGUUCUUCUAUUAUGAUGUGUGCAGACUGGAUAUAAAUUUGAUAUGAGAGUUAGAUGUGUUGUUGCCUGUAUAUGUACUUAAUUACCAGCGCUUCAGGUACUGUACAUCAGUGAUGCACUAAUCAUGAUCAGUGUAGGCUUGCUUGUUGAAAGGAGUGUCUCCAGCAGACCUGCGUUCGCUUUCGUGUCAUCUCUGUAGAGUCCAGAUCAGCACCUUUGUGAAAAGGCUUUACCAGCAUGAUGCCAGAAGUUCUGGAGUAACUGCACCUUCAUGCAAAUGACUUCAACAACAGGGUGUCACCACUGUUUCGUCUAUUUUACAUUUGUCUACAUUUAUUUGUCUAGUUGCUUGCCUUUUCUCAGUUCCACUUGCAGUUAAUUUUGCAUUGCUGCUUCCAUCCUUUGAUUUAUUAUUUUUUUUAAUUACUACUGUAAUCAUAGUGAAAACAAGUCUGAAGCUUUUAUCUGCAGAAAAAAGCCACAAAUUUAAAAUAAUGUAAAAAAAUAAAAAUAAAAGAAUUUGGUUACUACAGCUAUGCUUAAUGAUGGUCAUUGUCUGAUAUGUUUGUUAUAAAUGACACUACACUUUACUGUAGAAGGCUACACCUAGCUGUUGUUUUUUGUGUAUGGAACAGCAAUUGUAUUUGGCCACUUUUGUAGUUUUGUGUUUUUCGAGGUGUGCCUUACAUCAGGAUAUUUUGUUCAUUGUGGCCAAAUUCACAGACGUCAUGCACUCAGAGGAGGUUGUUAUGGUUCGAUGUCCCAUUCAUUUUCUAAUUUGUCACCAUAGCUGCUGGUAAAUAAAACCAUGUUUAUAUUUUC